GCGUGUGGGUGCGCGUGGACGCACAAUAAACCGCUUUGGGCUCCGAGUCCGGACAGGAAUCUGAUAUCAGAGGUGUGGCUUUAAUCUGCAAAGUGAACUUUCUGGCGGUGUCCCGGGUUAAACUCUGUGAAGGUGACCGAUCUGACGGGGAGAGUCUCCAUGGAGCCGCAUCUGUUCGCCGCAUCCUGCCUCCUCUUUGUCAACUCAGUGUCUGGGUUUCUGUUCACCCCACGUGGGCCUCAGAUGUACACGUGUCUGACCUACCUGGAGCGGAACGUCAGGGUGGACUGUGAGUUCCCACCCACCAACCAGCUCCCCGGCCCCUACUGUGAGUAUCGCCAGGACAGCCGCCUGGUGGGCAGCACCUACCCCAAUGUCGUCAACCUUGUGUCCACCGAGGACCGCAGGAGGGCUAAUGUCAGCCUGGUCACGCCCACACUGUGCCGCCUCACGUGGGCCCCGCUGGCUGAUGAGAAGCCGUACACCUACAGCUGCAGGGUUUACCAGGGCAGCAGCUUCAAGGAGAACAGCAUGGCCGUGCACCACAGGAUCCUCCAAAUCUGCUCGUCAGUCAGAGAGACACUCAAAUCAUCCUCGUGGGUUCUAUUGCUGGUGAUGUCACUUCCUGUGGCUGUGGGUCUUCUGAGUCCUUGACCUUGGCCACUUCACAGGGUUUGAAGAUAUUUUGUUUAUUGGAGUUUCAUUGCUCAGGCCUCAACACUGGAAUAGGGUCAGUGGCCAUGUCUCUUGUGUUUUAAUAUAUAUCAUAUAUUUAAAUCCAGCCACCACUGGAUGGCGCUGUAUAGUUAUGGCUAUUAAAUAUUUGGAAAUUGGCAAAGUUUUUUGUUCUUUUAGCUGCGGAGGACAAAA